UAUCUGAUCCUCCAUCCAGACGUGCUGGUGACCUGCACACGCGUGGCAGAGACGCUCUUCUGCCCGCGCAAAGCGAUCCUGCAAGAACGAUUGAGGGCCACAUCAGAGAUCACAGAGGCACUUGUCUACGGCAACUUGCUUCACGAAGUCAUGCAACGCUGCCUCGUCGCCGGCAGAUUCGACUUGGCUGCUCGAACACAAGCGAUUGAGGGAUUGCUUGCCAACACGCGCUGCUUGGAGCGACUCUGGGCGCUGUCGCUGGAUCGCGCUGCCGUACAGUCUGAGCUCUUAUCGCGAUCAGCCGGCCUGCCUACCUGGGCCGAGCGCUACUGCAACAGCGAGGAACCAAAAGCGGAAGCCAAGCUGGUCGAUCCUCGUUCCGUCGACAAGACAGCCGAGACUCUGAGCUUGCGCAAGAUACUCGAUAUCGAAGAAGACAUCUGGAGCCCACGACUUGGUCUGAAAGGCAAGAUCGACGCCUCGGUCGAGGUACAAGUGCAUGAUGAGACGUCACGCAGCGAUGUCGUUGCGAUCUCGCCGCUCGAAAUCAAAACGGGUCGGAUGCUGUCGAAUAUGAUCCACCGUGCUCAGACGAUGCUUUAUACGCUGCUCAUGAGCGAGAGAUAUGAUGCGCCCAUCGCGCUCGGCUUGCUCGUGUAUAGUCAGCAGGAGCAUGCUUACAAGGUAGACGCUCUUCGCAACGAGCUACGAGGCCUCCUGAUCAGUCGCAAUACAAUGGUCAACUACCUUGCGACUGCGCCAGCGCGGCGCGAGCCAAUCAGCCCGGCGCUCACGCCUUCACAGACCAGCGACUCAACGGGCCAGCUACUGGAUGACAUUGAAGACAAUCUUUUAGCGACAGAUCGACCGGAAUUGGUGCUGCCCGAUGGUCUUGACAAUGCUGCAGCAUGCUCGAGAUGCUUCGUGCGACCAGGAUGCAUGCUCUAUCGCAAGGUAAGUAAGGCAUCUCACGUGCAUUAUGGCGAUGAGCUUCAGAAGAUCUUCGCGAGCGAUACCGACCAUCUUGAGGAGCACCAUGUAGCCUUCUUUCGCAAAUGGGAACGCUUACUCUCAAUGGAGGACAAGGACCAGAUUUGCUACAAGAGAGAGAUAUGGACAAUGUCCGCGCCUGAAAGAGAGCAACAGGGUCGCUGCCUCGCAGACAUGCGAGUCAGGAGCCUCGUCCGGGUAGAAGCUCUGGAGCAGUCCGACAAGAUACAUCGGUACACCUGUGUCAUGUCACGCGGCGAGAGCAUCCUGCCGACUGGUCUGCUGACUUGCCGGUUGUCGCCUGGCGAUCCUGUAGUGGUUUCUGUGCAAGAUGGCGCGACCGCAGUGGCGCGCGGCUUCAUACUUGACGUCACACCGACUGAACUGAAGCUUGGCCUGGACCAUGACCCCGGCAGCUCAUUGCGCGGAUCGAAAGCAGUCAAAUACAGAGUGGACCUCGAAGAGCUACUGGCUGGCACGGGGCGACUACGCGACAAUCUUGCGCAGCUAUUAUACGCGCAUGGAGACGUUCGGCUGCGCGCAAAGGUGAUCGACCUCAUGCCCCCUCGCUUUUGCAGUCGCCAUUCGCAAGACAGUAUCACCACGGGCACCGGUCUCAAUAUGGAUCAGCAUCAUGCUCUUGUCAUGGCGUUGACGGCCGACGACUAUGCACUCGUUCACGGUAUGCCGGGUACAGGCAAGACGACGUUGAUAGCAGAAAUGGUCAAGACAUUCGUCGCUCGUGGUCAGACCGUCCUCUUGGCUGCACAUACGCAUUCGGCAGUCGAUACGCUCGUCAGCAAAAUCUGCUCGUCCGUACAUGUCCUACGUCUAGGUAAUAUCGAUAAGGUCCGUGAAGACCUUCGCCACCUCACGCUCGCCGACAGUGAUAUGCAAAGUCUUGCCGAUGUCGAGCGUAUGCUUAUGGCGCCGCCUGUAGUCGCGACGACCUGUCUGGGUAUCAAUCACAUCGUCUUCUCCCGGCGACGCUUCGACGUGUGCAUUCUUGACGAGGCCUCUCAAGUGCUGCUACCGGUCGCGCUCGGCCCACUCCGGUACGCGGACCGCUUCGUACUCGUCGGUGACCAUCAUCAGCUGCCUCCCGUCGUUCGCUCGCGACAGGCGCGCAAAGAGGGCUACGAUGAGAGCUUAUUCAGUCUGCUGUCGACAGCCCGGCCGGAAAGUGUAGCCCAUCUCACCAUACAAUAUCGCAUGACCGAGCCUAUCAUGCGACUGGCGAGUCAUGCGUUCUACAAUGAUAAAUUGGUCUGUGGCAGCGCAGACACUGCCACGCAGCAACUCCAACUCCCAUUGACAUUGCCUUUCGCGAAUGACUGGUGUUCCGUUCUUUUCAAUCCAGCUUGCAGGUCGAUUGCUGACUUUUUCCGCAGCUGCUGCGUCGGAUUUGUCGAUACCGAUGAUCUACCAGCACGAGACAGCUGGCAGAGCGGCUCCUGGAAUGACUUCGAAUGCACGGUCGUCGUCAAGCUCAUCAACGACUUGCUGGCUCGAGGUAUUACUCAGCAGCAGAUUGGCGUCAUCACGCCGUACCGGGAACAGGUCAGACUGCUCAAAUCAAUGCUGGAUAGUCUGCGCGGCAUCGAGGUUCUGACGGCAGACAAGAGCCAAGGACGAGACAAGGACUGUGUUAUCAUCUCACUCGUGCGUAGCAAUGAGGAGGGUAGCACAGGUGAGUUGCUCAAGGACUGGCGACGUCUCAAUGUAUCGAUCACACGAGCGCGACGCAAGAUGAUACUCAUCGGCUCGCGGUCCACUGUCUCGAGGAUUCCAUUUAUCGACAAGCUCAUCCGCCGUAUUGAGCAGCUAGGUCAGGUCGUCAGACCGUCGCGGCUCUAG